UGUAGAGAGCUGGCCAUUAGUGGAGUUACAUAAAUCCUGUUUCUAGAAAUAUGUAGCAGUGCUAUUUUUAUUGGAUGGUUACCCAAGGUUUUCACCACCUUUUUUGUGCCGAUUAUACUCUUGGGUGGGGUGUGCAUUGUGAGAGAAGUACAGUACUUACAGAGAUGCUAAAAAUACACAUAGACACUCGCCAGGGUCUCACUUACAUGUAGGCUGUUUUGCCUUCCAUGAGGGCUUACACCAACCUUUUAAUUCUUAGGGGCGCUUACCAUCCGACAAAAAAUUCCUGUUUGUGUUAUUUUCUAAUUUCGUGUGGCAAAUGGAACAGCAUUUUCCAGGAUUUCUGUAUACCCAAAUUUCAGGAAUAUAUGUCUUACUGGGAAUUUCCAUUCCAUUCGAUUUUUGUCCCCAGAUUUUCAGCUGAAUAGUUGAGCUGUUGCCAGCUCAGAUGCCCUCAGAGUUCUUGUAACAAUGGCUUAAGUUUUGAUUUUUUUUCUGUUAUUACUUUCUUAGCUUGCUGCUUCAAUACAUGUCAGUGGAAGUUCUUCGUGAGAGUGCUUGUGAUUGUAUGCAUGAGAUUAUAAUAAAGGGAAUGGAACCAGUAGCCAAACAAGAAUUAGUUGAGUCUCUUCUGAGUGUCUUAGAAAAGAGUGGAGUUCUUCAACUUCAAGAGGAUGAAGAUGCAGACUUCCUUGCUAAACUAGCAAAGUUGAUGGGUGCAGCUGGAACACAACUUCUCAACAGUUACAAUAAGCUCACAAAAUCUGGUGAUACAGAAGCUGCAGCGAAAUGCCUGUGUGCUGCCGAGGAGAAGUUGCCAUACCUUUUCAAGUAAGUAGUUUGUUAAUACUG